GCUCUUGAAACGCGUGUACUUGUCAAGGACAUGCGAGUUGCCAGUGCGUCGCCCAAGGUGGUUGUAUUGUCAGCCGAUCGUCGUGGUGGCAAGUGGCAGAGCAUGAAGAAGACACCAGAUUAUCAGUACCAGACUCAGCAGUCAGUAAUCCACACACUGAAGCAACGUAGCGAGCAAUUGAGAUCCAAGAUGCACCAACUUCAAAAAGAUCAAGAUGAUAGCAGCAUAUACGUGCCCCCUAGUGGAACCAAGACGUUGCACCAGUCGCUGAGCCAAGGACAUGCACUCUUAUCACAAUCACUGGCAAAAAUCCAAAUACCCCGUCUGUCUUCCAUCGGAAAGGCACGUCAUUGUAUCCAACUGCAAAGUGCAGCAGAAUUUGAGCGCAUACACAGCAUCUUUAUCCGAUAAAGAAGUCUGUCGAUGACAUUUUUAUUUUUAUUUUUUAAAAGAGAAUACUUUUCCACUUUAACUCAUACUCGCACUUACACUUGCGCCUUUACACCCACAACCACACAUUCACAAUCUAUAUCUCUUUUGUUCACUAUUGAUACCGUUUUUUUUACCUGAUUUUUUUUACAAAAAAAAAAAGAAUGGAAAAAAUGGGAUAUUAUGACUUUUACGUACAACUAUCCUUCUUUUGUUUCAAGUACCCUUGAC